GCACCCCCUUAAUCGCUUAUCUUUUUAUUCGCCACCACCAUUAACUUACAAAGUACUUAAUUAUGUGCGGUAAAGACAAGGACUGUGACCGUUCAUGCGAUUGUCACAAUAAAAACAAGCACCCCUGGAAUCCUAGUUGGAAUGCUCCCUGGACUGAGGAAGAACAUGACCGGUUCCAUCGCCAUGUUGAUAACGUUAAGGAUAACUUGAAAUCAUUGACUAAUACCAUGUUGGAUGUAUCUUCUGAUCUUGGUAAGGAUCUCAAUGAGCGUGCCAGAAGAUGGUCAUUGAAAUGGCUUAACAACGACGACGAUGAUGAGAAGUUUAAUUCGUUUUUUGGGGAUAAGAAGUUUGAUAAGAUUCAGUAUGAAGACAAUGGUAAGUUUGAGUUCCCUUCGUUUUACCAAGCUAGAGAUGUGAUUCAGGAUGUCACUCAACAUCCUAUUUUUGGUGAAAUUUGGAAUGCAAUCCCUGGGUUUGGCAGUUUUAGAGAUGGAAGAACUCCAUUUGGAUAUUAUGCUUACAAGGGACCUAGUAUGAGACAGUAUCACAAUUGCUUGGAGAAGAACGGAAAGUCGAUUUGGGAUGACAAGGGGUACUGGAGAUGUUUGUUUCCUAAUGGCGAGAUUCCUGUAGAUAUGUUGAAUUACAAGAAGAAGUAUUUGUAUGGAGAGAUUUUGACCAAGGAAGAUUUUUAUGAUGCCAUGAAGGAAUUGUCGGUUAAUGAAAAGGAGCCUACUAUUGACUUGAGAGAAAAAGGAACUUUCUUUAACAAGUUUGACGAUUAUUUGAACUGGAAGCAUGUCAAGUAUUCCUUAAAACAGGUUGAACAACAGAGGAGAAUUGCCGAGCAGCAGAAGCUUUUAGAGGAAAGGAAGAAGCAGGCUGAACUUGCUCCUAAAGGACAGACUGUCGACAAGCGUGUAGUAUCCACUAGUGUCAAAUCGCACAUGUAUAGUGAUUCCGAAACCAAUGAAACCAAGAUGAUUGAAGAAAAGGUUGAGUGUUUUAAUGAUGGGACAUGUACCACCACCAAGGUGACCAAGCUGAGACCAUUUGAUUCGAACGAGUGGGUGACUGUUGAAGAAACCCACGAAGAUAAGGACAAGAAUGGAUGGUUCUGGAAGUAGUUGUUAGUCUGUUUAUAACAUUUCUGUAUAUAAUUUUUAAAUAAUUUAUGUGACUAUAUGUUUUUUCGUGUUCAG